CACCCCUUUCUUUCUUUUUCUACUCUGCAUAAAGUUAAGCAUCUUACUUCCUUUUUUUUAGUCUUUGUUCUUUAAUGGAGUUGGGUUCGGUUUCAAAAGAUACAAGCUGGUGGGUUUACACUCUUCCAGCUUUCUUUGGAUCCAAAAAUUUGUUCGAUGGGUAUGUUUUGUUUUCCCUCUUUAUGGCAUUUCUUUCCAUUGCCCUUUUUUCUUGGGCAUUUGCUGUUGGUGGGAUUGCAUGGAAAAAUGGAAGGAACCGAAAAGGUACCCUUCCUAUUCCUGGUCCUAGGGGUUUCCCUGUUUUUGGUAGCCUCUUUACUUUGAGUCGUGGUUUGGCUCACCGUUCGCUUGCCGCCAUGGCUUGGUCCAGGGCCAAUACUCAGCUCAUGGCUUUUAGCCUAGGUUCCACCCCAGUGGUCGUAGCUUCUGAUCCCCACACGGCUCGAGAAAUCUUAACUUCCCCUCACUUUGCUGACCGACCCAUUAAGCAGUCCGCUAAAAGCCUCAUGUUCAGUCGAGCCAUAGGGUUUGCUCCCAACGGAACCCAUUGGAGGCUUUUGAGAAGGAUAGCUUCCUCCCACCUUUUUGCACCCAAGCGCAUUUUAGCACACGAACCCGGUCGCCAGCUUGACUGUACUGUCAUGCUGCGCAACAUUGCGAACGAACAGAAGCUCCAUGGCUCUGUUUGCUUAAGAAAACACCUCCAGUUUGCUGCUUUGAACAAUAUUAUGGGAAGUGUUUUUGGCAGAAGAUAUGACCAGAGAAAAGACAGUGAAGAACUGGAAGAGCUUAGGGAUAUGGUAAGAGAAGGGUUUGAACUACUUGGGGCUUUUAAUUGGUCUGAUUAUUUGCCAUGGCUGAGUUACUUUUAUGAUCCCUUUCGUAUCAAUCAACGUUGCUUGCAACUCGUUCCCCGAGUUAGGAAACUCGUCAAAGGCAUCAUUGAACAACACCGACAACUCAGUGAGUCCAAAAUGCUGUCUGAUAAUGCUGAUUUUGUAGAUGUUUUGCUCUCUCUUGACGGUGAAGAAAAACUCCAAGAAGAUGACAUGGUUGCUGUUUUAUGGGAAAUGAUAUUCAGAGGAACUGAUACGACUGCUUUGUUAACGGAGUGGGUCAUGGCUGAGUUGGUAUUGCACCCGGAAGUACAAGCCAAGCUGCAACUUGAAAUUGACAGUGCUACGAGGAACAAAACCCUCACCGACGCUGACAUGGCGAAAUUACCUUACCUUCAGGCGGUGGUCAAAGAAACCCUACGGAUCCAUCCCCCAGGGCCAUUGCUUUCUUGGGCUAGGCUGUCCACGUCGGACGUCCAGCUCAGCAACGGGAUGCUGGUUCCCGCCAACACAACCGCCAUGGUGAACAUGUGGGCCAUAACCCAUGACCCCAAAGUGUGGAAAGACCCGGUCGAGUUCAAGCCGGAGAGGUUCCUGGAAGCUGAGGUGGACGUAAGAGGCGGUGACUUGAGGCUCGCACCCUUUGGGGCUGGGCGCAGGGUUUGCCCUGGGAAGAACCUUGGGCUGGUGACGGUCCAACUGUGGGUAGCCAAGCUGAUGCAAGGUUUCAAGUGGGUUCAAGAUUCGGUGGCUCACCCGGUCGAUUUGAGUGAGGUCCUGAAGCUGUCAUGUGAGAUGAAGUUCCCAUUGCAUGCUAUUGCUGUGGAAAGAGAGGAUACCCUUUUGCCUUAGCCUAGGGUUUUAGUUUUCUAGGGUUUAACUGUUAUCAUCGUUCUUGGUUUUAUUUAGUGUGUUUUUUUUUUUGAGAUUUUCUAUGUGAAACUGUAUAUUUAGUAUAGUGGGUAAACGAAUUUCCUGCAGGUAUUUGAUAUUUAGGCUUUGGGAUUGGAAUGAGUUUCCGUGGGCUCCUAAAUUAUAAUUUGAUGUUUUGCUUGCAUUCUCUAUUUAUUAUUUAUUCAAGGUUGUGUCUUA